AUGUCUACCUCUGAUAACCAGACCAGGAUCCCAGGCUUAGGUCUGCCGGUAAACUUCCUACCUGGCUCUGAUUCGAGGUUUCCCGUCUUGAGUUACGAUCGUGACUAUUCGUGGAAAGCAUAUACUCUGACUCAUCGCGAGAUCGCCAUGCUGCAGGUUAUGGAGGAGCUCACCAACAAGCCCGACUGGUGGCUCAAAGUCCGCGAGCCUACCAUUGCAGACAAAUGGAAGAAGGAGGCCAUUGCGCUGGGCCAGAGUGGCGACUGGACUUUGAAGCUUGCUCCUGAAGGGUUCACGCAAAACAUGGCGGACGCUGUCAUUGUUGAGCUGCAGCGAAAGGCCGACUUUUACGAGGAAGCCGGCUUCGUCCCAGUCUUGGACUACUCUCUUUGCGUGAUCAAGUCUGACAAGAUCCUCAAGGAUGAUCCGGACUUGGUGAAAGACCUCAAAACGGCUGUUUCACGACUGGAAAAUGUUCCUGAUGACAAGAAGGACUGGCAUCCCCGAAGCGACAACAAGGUGCUCGACCUGGUGCAUCCGUCGCUGUACCCCUUGGCCUACGGCAAAACAAGAGUUUUGAAAGACAAGCGCAUUGAUCUGGCGAACGCAUUGGAAUUUUGCGGGGCGGGCGAAGUCAUUGCCGCUCAAGAUAUCCCGGCUCGUUCGGCGGUUUGGGCACCAUUCUUCUCGUUCAAGUACCAGUGGUUGCCAUGCGAUGUCAAGCUUGAGAACGGCAGGGCCGAAAUCGUGAGCUACAUCAACAACCUACACCCGUUCGACCACGCGGACAUGUACCCGGUGAUCGAAAAGUUCAUCGAAAAUUCACUUCCAGCAUGGGAUCUGUGUUACCGCUGGCCUGAACACUACGAGCACAAGCGCAUCGAUUGCACAAGCGCAGUCGCAGAUUGUACGACGGAGGAACUCUGCAGUGAAGGAUGCGAACGUUCCAAUAGGCCGCUUGAGGAGGGAGAGAACCCCCGUGAGCAAGAGCGGUAUGUGGGUUCAGAACAGGAGAGGAAAGACAAGAUCUGGUACAAUACCACUCACCCGUUGGAGUUGCCGGAACCAGAUCCGGAGAAAGUUCCCUUCGAUCUCAAGGCUUCUGAGGAUGUGAACAAGGACAAGUUCUUUGCAGACCUUUCCAACGACGAUGAGGAGAAGGACAGCCGCAACGGUACUUGGGAGAAGGGCGCGUCGCGUAUACAAGUCAUUGUCAAGCUCGCCAACAUCCACUUGACCCCUGACUCGCCAUCGUAUCCGGGAGGCACGUGGCACACAGAGGGCCAGCUGAACGAGCACAUCUGCGCGACAGCCCUCUUCUACUACGACAGCGACAACAUUACCGAUUGCCGCUUGGAUUUCCGUACCAUGGCCGAUAAAGAAGAUCUCAUGAUGGAACUAGACCACGAGCAAGAUGAUCACUACAGCAUCGAGCGCGCCUUUGCUAUCGAUGCUCGGGGCGACUUACUCCAAAACAUUGGCUCCGUGCUCACACGCCCCGACCGAGCACUGUUCUUCCCCAACUUGUACCAGCAUCACGUCUCUCCCUUUGAGCUUGUCGACAAGACCAGACCGGGCCACAGAAAGAUCCUCGCCUUAUUCCUGGUCGACCCACAGAUCCCCAUCAUCUCUACGGCCAAUGUGCCACCACAGCAACGAGACUGGUGGGCGCGCCAGGUUGACCUCAAGGAUACGCAAAUAGCUAGGCUACCUCAGGAGGUGCGCGAUAUGGUCUUUAGCCCCGAGGCCACGCCGGUGGGCCUGGAGGAGGCCAAGGUCAUUCGGGAAGAGUUGAUGGAUGAGCGAACAGUGCUGCAGGAAGGUGUUAACGAGCAGUUGUCACAUUCGUCCUGGAAUUUCUGUGAGCACUAG